AUGGCGGGACAACAGCAUAUCCCUUUGGUUGUUGGAGACAUAACCCAUUUCCUGAAGGAGCAUAGAGAGACGAAGAUCCGUUCCACGGUAUUAGGAAGCUCCGAUUUCCAGCUGGAGCAACUUCAAGAGACGCACGUCAUGUCCAUCACAAGUGGUGAGACUCGUCACUCUUCCAUCUUCGACCCCGUUGAAUCUUCAUCCUCCGUUUCGUCGGCCUUACCAGGGCGACGGCUCCCGUGCGAAUUCUACUGGCAUGGCGAUUGCGAAGAGACGUUCGAUCUCCGUGACAUCGACGGCUGGGUAGACCACGUUGUGGCCCACCAUCUCGAUAUGAUACUGCCAAGCAAGAGCUGUUGCUGGUUUUGUGAUGAGGUCGUGUUCCACGCCCAGCCCGAAACCCAGCAACAGUGCCGACUCAGCUAUACGGAUAGAAUGCAUCACAUUGCAGACCACUUUCGCCGAGGGGCAACCCUCGCUGGUGUUCGCCCUGACUUUGACUUUCUCGACCAUCUCCACAUGAACGAGUUGAUAUCUGAAGGAAGCUUCCAGCGUGCUAGAAACUUUCACGAAGCGCCUCAGCCAAAAAAUGGCAUCAAGUCUGUGCAAACAGUUGCAAGAGUAGAUCGGGGAGCUGUUAUAGAGGUGAGAUCUCGCCCGCUACGUCGCCCGCGAGGUCGCCCCGAAUCUCAUACCAGUUAUCGCUCAUAA